AUGGAGCUGUUGAACAUGAAUAAGCUUAGUUUAUUUUUAUCUUGGAUUUUGUUUAAUCAUUUAAUUAACAUGAGUAGUUCUAAUUUAAAUUUUUUAAGAAUAAAAUCUUACCAAAAGAAUACAAAUUUCAAAAAACUAAUAAACAAUGAUUAUUGUAAUAUCCUAUGUAAGAUGCAUAAGAAUUUGUUAUUUCAAAAUACCACAAAACGAAAUAAAUUUUAUAGAAAAAGAAAAAAAAAAAUUAUAUUUCAAUUUAUUUUUAACAAUUUAAAAGAUGAAAAACGAAUAAAAUUUUCCAAGAAAUAUCUCUUUCCAUAUAUAUUAGAUAUUAAUAAUUAUCAAAGAAAAAAAAAUUAUAAUUAUGAAAAAAUGAAAAUAAGUGCCCAACUAAAGAAUCAACUUAAUAGUACACAAGAAUAUUUAGAUGAAAAAUUAAUUCAAAGUGUCUAUGAUAAUUGUAACAAUAAUUUAAAAUAUUCAGAUUUUAAUUUAAAUAAUUUAAAAAAUUAUGAAAAAAAAAUAAAAAAAAAAAAUAUUCAUUCUAUUUUGUUAUGUGGUGGUAUUGGAAAAAGAACUUCAUUAGCUACACCUAAACAACUUUUAAAAUUAAAUGAUAUCCCUCUCUUUAUUUAUUCAUUUAAUUUAUUUAUAAAGUGUAAUCUUGUUAAAACUGUUACCAUUGUGUGUGAUUCAAAAUACUUUAAUUAUGCUGUUGAUAAUAUUAAUAUGUACAAUCCUCUUCUUUUAGAAAAAAAAAUAGAAAACAAAUUUUUAUAUAACUUUACUGAAAAUGUAGAAAAUAAAAAAAUAAAUAACAAAUCCAUAAAUGAUGAACCUAUUAAUGGAGAAACUAUAAGUGAUGAAUCUAUAAAUGAUAAAACCGAAAUAAGCAAUAAAAUUGAUAUUUUUAAUUACUUAGAAAAAAAUGAAUACAUUAUAUAUGAUAAUGAAAAAAAUAAAUGUAUUUUUGAUGUGGAUGAAUUACUUCACGAUAUAUUAGAAAGCAUUGAAAAUAAAAAAAAUGAUCUGAAUUUUAUUAAUAAAAACAAUAGAAAAAAAAAUGAUAAAAUUAAAAUAAAAUUAAAAAAUAUAGAUGUUAAGAGAUAUAAAUUAAUAAGAAUAAUUCAAAGCGGAAAAGAAAGGUUAGACUCCUUUUUAAAUGCUACUAAAACAUUAGAUAUAUAUUUAAAUAAUCAACUAUACAUUUAUGAAUUAAUAAAGAAUUAUACGGAAAGUAAAAAACAGAAUAAUAAUUAUCAAUUUGAAAAUUUAAAAGAAAAGGAUAGAAGAAGUCUUUCAAAUGAUAAUGAAAUAAAUAAAAAUAUAAAAAAAGAAAAAAAAAAAAAUUAUAUAACAAAUAUAUUAAUUCAUGAUGGUGCGCGACCAUUUUUAUCUGAAUACGAUUUUUUUAAAUUAAUAUAUUAUUCUAGUUUAGGUAAAAAUGCAAUAUUAGGUGUUAAAGCAACAGAUACAGUAAAGUUAAUAAAUAAUAAGGAAGAAAAUAACACUUCAUAUUUAAUUAAAAAAACAAUAAAAAGGGAUACUAUUUUUCAAGCACAAACACCUCAAAUUUUUGAUGGUAAAACAUUAUUGAGUGUUUUGCCUUUUUUUUUUUUUGAUGAAAUAAGAUAUGAAAAAGACAGUAAUUUGAAAAGUAAACAAUUUACUGAUACAUCGUCAUUAUUUCAAUAUUUAACAAAAAAAAAAGUGUAUGCUUUGCAAUCUUCUUUUCCUAAUUUUAAAAUAACAACUCCGGCAGAUGUAUUUCAGUCUAUCUUUCUUAUGAAACAUAUUUAUAAUUUUAAAAAUCUAAAUAUAGAAGAAAAUAUAUUUAAAGAUGAAUAUAUAAAUUCUGAUUCAAGCAAUAUAUUGAAAAAUCAAUUUAAUAAUUUUUUUUAUUAUAAUUCAUUAAAUGAAAAACAAAAAAUAUUAUAUCAUAACUUUUAUUAUACAAAAAAAAAAAAAAAAAUAAAUAAAUAA